CCAGGCUGGCCCACGAUAAAAUGGACAGCAAAGGAGACAGCCCUGUCCACCAGGAAACACGGGAGGACCGGGAGACAAGCAAGCAAUGUGAAAGCUCCUACACAGCAGAGGAAGAUGCUUCAUCAAGAAGCCAGUCACUGAGCUCUGACAGUAAAAUGACACAUUUGGAUGUGACUGCCACAGAAGACGUCACCAAGGGCCUCUUGGCAGAGAAGAGUACCAGUGCUCCUCUCCUAGAUCAGGAGCCAGAAGAGCACAUAGAGCAAGAAACACAGGAGAGCGGAUCCCAAGGCACGUUAAGGAACAGACAUGGGACCAAAGGGCACACAGCCCCAAAGCCAGAGGCUCAGUCCUGCUUGCAGAACAUCACCACCCAAAACACAGACCAGGAGAAGGCCAAAGAGUCCCUCUUGCUGAAAGGGCUUGUCAUCGUGAGCCUCGUAUUGCUCGGCUUCUGCAUACUCUGCUUUGGCAACCCGACCUCCAAGUCCCAGCAAGCCCCCAAGAACCCCACGGUGGAGGCCUUUCUGUCCCAGUUCAACCAGCUGCCAGACAGGUUUCCAGGGCAGAGUCCCCACCUGUGGCUUCGCGGGCGUAAGUUCCUGCAGAAGCACCUCAACACGUCCCACCACACGCAGCCGGCCAUCAUCAUCUUCACAGCUGCCCGCAAGGGUGAGCGGACCUUGCGAUGCCUUAGCGCCUGUGUGGCUGACACCUACUCGGCUGCCCUGCGUGCCAGCACGGUCCAGAUCGAUGGCACAGAUAAAUCCAGGCUCCAGAGUGAUGAGGCCAAGCUGGAGGUGGACUCAGAGCUGAGCUCAGCUUUCCAGGCUGGGGGCCGUGCUGCGGUGAUACACCGCUUUGAGUUGCUGCCGGCGGGGGCCACCCUCAUCUUCUACAAAUACUGCGACCACGCAAGUGCUGCUUUCAAGGACGUGGCCCUGCUGCUGACCGUGCUGCUGGAGGAGGAGAUGCUGGAGACCCACAUCAACCUCCAGCAGGUGGAAGAGAGGGUCCGCGACUUCCUCUGGGCCAAAUUCACCCACACCAGGACCCCCAGCUCCUACGACCACAUGGACUCCGACAAGCUGAGUGGGCUGUGGAGCCGCAUCUCCCACCUGGUCCUACCGAUCCACCCGGUGCAGACCAUUGAGAAGGGGGGCUGCCAUGUCCACUGCAAACCCUAG